GGAAGAAUUUGUAGUGCUUUCUUUUCUGACUAAUAAGUACUUCGCAAAUUGUAACAUAUGCUAACAGUUUACGUGAUCGCAACUGCUGUCAAGCCUUUGUUCACUUGCUAUUAUUAACGUCUGAUCUUUUAAAAUUUUUUCAGGAAUGUAUGGGGAAAUAUUACGUGGUCUUUGUGGGCGGAAAUCUCGGCUUAUAUUACAGGUGGGAGGAUGCACAAGCAUAUGUGGAUCGCUACAGUAGAUGCAGGCACCAAUCGUACAAGACAUACGAUGAGGUUGCGAUAGCUUGGCAGAAUUAUCAAGCCACUAGCCAGAAUUAUGAUAGACCCUCCAGGAGAAUUCAAACUGCUUCUCCUCCUCCACAUGCUACGAGGCGUCAAGUGCAAGAGGAUCUUGUUGGGACUCACUUGACGUGCGAAUCAUACACGGAUGUGAGAGAAGAACAUUAUUCUUUUGGAAUGAUGAAUGUUAUCUUUGAGGUUCUAAUUGGGGUGUUGCUGAUAUAUGUAGUAGUUGUCAGAAUUGUUUCUUCUAUCAUAUCAUAACAUGCAGUUGCUGG